AUGAAAGGCAUAGUGCCAGGUUGGGGAGCUAAUAUGUUCACCAUAGUUGACCGUAAAAACAACAAGGCUAUUUCCUACAUCAGCGCAUUAGGAUCGAAGUUUGGAUCAGGAGUAAGCAUAAACGACUCGUAUUAUCUGAAUGAUUUUGGUCGAUACAAAACUUCACAUCACGACAUUCUCAGUGGCUUACUUCCAGCUGUGGCUAAAAGCGGACCAAGCGGACCAAAGCAGGACCUUCUUAACAAGAAGAAGAAUCCAACAAAAGCGCCAGACAUCGCCGAUGAGGCUGUCAGUGUUGAAGUCAUAGAUGGAGGACACAAAUUAGUCGCCGCUCACAAGAACGUCAAAGAACGCUACUCACUUAUUCCAAGUGGGAUAUAA